GGCGGGUUGAGAAACCUCUCUCUUCCCCUUCCUCUCUAGCCCACAACCUGCUGUUCAAUUCAGCUUCGGUUUUGACAUAGCUGUAGAAGACUUGUUUCCUCCAUUAACGUUUGCCAACCGUUAUCCUUGCCUCGAGAGACCCACUGAAGACCGCAGCUCCCUCAGGCCUCAGACAUGCAAGCCAUCAAGUGUGUGGUGGUGGGAGAUGGAGCUGUGGGUAAAACCUGCCUCCUGAUCAGCUAUACCACAAAUGCCUUCCCAGGAGAAUAUAUCCCUACUGUAUUUGAUAACUAUUCUGCCAAUGUGAUGGUCGAUAGCAAACCUGUAAAUCUGGGACUCUGGGAUACAGCUGGCCAGGAGGAUUAUGACCGCUUGAGACCGCUCUCCUAUCCCCAGACGGAUGUCUUCCUCAUCUGCUUUUCUCUGGUCAGCCCUGCAUCGUAUGAAAAUGUCCGUGCAAAGUGGUUCCCUGAAGUGCGACAUCACUGUCCGAGCACUCCCAUGAUCCUUGUGGGAACCAAGCUGGAUCUCCGGGAUGACAAGGAUACCAUUGAGAAACUCAAGGAGAAGAAGUUGGCACCCAUUACUUACCCACAAGGCCUGGCACUGGCCAAAGAGAUUGAGGCAGUGAAAUACCUUGAAUGUUCAGCACUGACCCAGCGCGGCCUGAAAACUGUGUUUGAUGAGGCCAUUCGGGCAGUUCUCUGUCCACAGCCUACCAAGGCGAAGAAAAGGGGAUGCAGCAUCCUCUAAAGAUGCCAUGUUUUCCCCCCUACACUCCACGGACUGAUCUUUUAUCUGGGCUUUGCUGACGGGACGGAGGCAGGUGAUUUUGGCCACCAUUGGAUUCUUCUCCUGCACUUCCCCGAGUGACUCCACGGCUUUCUUGACUUGCUUUUUCCACACUAUCUGUUUAGUCUGGAGUUGCCCUCCUUUGGCCACUCGCACCUUAUGGAGCACCCAUAUAGCAUCAGUGUUCCUUUGUUGUGAUCCAGUGUUUCCAGCAUAAUUUGUGGUUUUAAAAAAAAUUCGGAAAGCUGUGGCAGUGGCAGGUGGGG